AUGCGACUAUACAAAUUAUGGUUCUUAAAAAAAAAAAAAUACAUAUUCAGAGUUACUGUGGUAUUUUUGUCACAUCGCCAUAACAUCUCACUUACUAAAUUCUACCAUAAUCAUUAUCAUCUCCAAUGUGGAAAGGGAAGGAGAAGUGUAAAAGGAAAGAAGAUUGCUGAAUAUAAAAGUGACGGGCUUGAGAGAAAAGACGAAAAAGAAAAUAGGAAAAAGACAA